CUCUUUACCUGUGCCUGGGACCUUAAAUGAGCUGACGCCAGAAGAGAAAGGCACUUUCUCUGAGGCUUAGCAGCAAGUGGCAGCAGCACCAGAAGUGGCAAUGAGACGCUCUGUGUUCUUCGCUGUGUGGCUCGGCCUGGUGCUGAGCCUUUUGAAAGAAGCCACUGCUGCAACACCUGCUGACACAGCAGUGACAACGAGCUCAAUAACUUCAGGAAACAGUGCUGAUAAUGAAACAGCUCCUGAGCCACCAGAGAUGCCAACCUCAGAACAUACAGAAAAGGGUGCUGAUAAUGAAAGAGAUCCUGAAGGACCAGAGGAGAAACCCUCAGAACCUUCAGGAAACAGUACUGAUAAUGGAACAGCUCCUGAGGCACCAGUGGUACCAGCCCCAGAACCUUCAGGAAACAGUACUGGUAAUGGAACAGCUCCUGAGCCACCUGUGGUACCAGCCCCAGAACCUUCAGGAAACAGUACUGAUAAUGGAACAGCUCCUGAGGCACCAGUGGUACCAGCCCCAGAACCUUCAGGAAACAGUACUGGUAAUGGAACAGCUCCUGAGCCACCUGUGGUACCAGCCCCAGAACCUUCAGGAAACAGUACUGAUAAUGGAACAGCUCCUGAGGCACCAGUGGUACCAGCCCCAGAACCUUCAGGAAACAGUACUGAUAAUGGAACAGCUCCUGAGCCACCUGUGGUACCAGCCCCAGAACCUUCAGGAAACAGUACUGAUAAUGGAACAGCUCCUGAGGCACCAGUGGUACCAGCCCCAGAACCUUCAGGAAACAGUACUGAUAAUGGAACAGCUCCUGAGCCACCUGUGGUACCAGCCCCAGAACCUUCAGGAAACAGUACUGAUAAUGGAACAGCUCCUGAGGCACCAGUGGUACCAGCCCCAGAACCUUCAGGAAACAGUACUGAUAAUGGAACAGCUCCUGAGCCACCUGUGGUACCAGCCCCAGAACCUUCAGGAAACAGUACUGAUAAUGGAACAGCUCCUGAGGCACCAGUGGUACCAGCCCCAGAACCUUCAGGAAACAGUACUGAUAAUGGAACAGCUCCUGAGCCAUCAGUGGUGCCGUCCCCAGAACCUUCAGGAAACAGUACUGGUAAUGCAACAGGUACUGAGUCACCAACAGUGACACCCUCAGCACCUUCAGAUAACAGUACUGCAAAUGGAACAGAUCCUGAUGCAACAGAGAUGCCAACCUCAGCACCUACAGUGGACUUUUGCCAUGGAGAUCCUUGUGGAAGAAGUUCAGCUACAUGUAUUUCCUUACAAAGCAAUUAUACCUGUGUGUGCAAAUAUGGAUACUACUACAGCAAUGAGAAUUGUUACAAAGGGGAAGUAUUCCCAGCCACCAUUGCAGUGAACAUAUCUUACAGUGAUAAUCUUGAAAUUGUAAAUUCCACAGAGUAUCAAGAACUUUCCAGCAAUGUAUCAGCAUUUUUUAGGAAGGCCUUCAAAGAUCUACCAGGCUAUGUAGAAACUGUCAUCAUGAAAAUUCAACGUCCGACUCAAAACAGAAAUUCUGCUCCAGGACUGAAUGUAACAGUGACAAACCUGUUCAAAGAGAACUCCAAUGAAACUACAGCUACAGUUAACACUGCAGUACAAAAUGCAAUCAAGAGUGACCAGUCCUUUGUCAAUUCUUAUGAGGUGGCAAGCCAUUGUGAUGUUUAUGAAUGUGAUCUUAAAACCACAGUGUGUGAAGGGCAAGAGUUUCCAGAAUGCAAUUGCAAACCUGGUUUAGAAAAGACACAAUGGGAUGAUCGUUCUUGUUCAGUUUGCAGCAAAAACUGCUCUGCAGAAAACCACAAGUACUGUGUACAAGAAGAAGAGGGUCCAACAUGCAAAUGUAUGAUUAACUUUAAAACUGAGGCUGGGGAAUGCGUGGCUUGUUCAGUGGGCUACUCUGGGGAGGAAUGCACUGACAACAGUGAACUCAUCCUUAUAAUAGUGGGCACAGUGCUCGGAGCCAUUAUCCUGAGUUUAUUGAUAGCAGUCUCUGUUAUUUCAGUCAGAGCAAAGCACAAACAAAAUCCAGAGAAGAGGAGCCUGAUCAAGUCAGGGUAUUCUGACAUGAACACCUCUGAUGACAGACCAAGCAUAUUCCCCAGGGUCCAGACCACCUCUGGCCAUGGAAACCCAGGAUAUCAGCCCAACAACCCCUAUGAGAUGCGUUCCACAAACAGAGAUCGUUUUCCAGAGAGGGAUUAUGAUGAUUUGUAUGAAGUAUCACGGGAGCCCACGGGCUUUAGGACACAGAGCAGAUAUUGAGUGACCAGAGCAGUAGAAGGAUGGAUGAGCACCACAGCCCUGGGUCAGAGCAAAGAGUUUCACAGCCUCUCACCAAUGCAGUUACUUCAGCAGAAGAGACAACAAGGACCUUAACCCCAGAUUCUCUCAAGAUUGUCUAGAGGAAGAUUCCUGCUUGAAAGAGAUCAUGGACAACUUUGAAAUAAGGGGAAAAUGUUAGGGAGUAGGGAGAAGAAGAGGACUUCUUUAAAAGAACUGGUGUGCUCCAAUAAACAUUAGACUUCUUCAAAGAGGCCAGCACAUUGGCAAGAGCGUGAGUGUACACAAGAUACCAGGAUUUUAACCCUGCUGGUUUUCAGUUCUUCUGGAAGAUGGUCCAGGCAAUGUGUGUGAUGCUGAAAAACAUCAGUAACCCAGAGCUUCACUUGGAUUUGUGCUCACUUCAUUUGAACUACGGCUUUGGGCAGGUGAAAACUGUUUUUCUUGAGAAUCUGACCUGUUUCAAUUUACUGUAUUAGAUACAGGUUUUUUCACCCUCCUCAACCCCUCAGUAUUUCCCAUCUGAAGCAUUCUGUUCAGAUCCCUGCUGACAUGGGUUGUGAGAGACAAUGGCACUUGUCUGACCUUUUCCACAGCCUUCUUUCCCAAUACAAUGGCAAGAUACAGUAUCUCCAAACAAACACUAUUCUUCUUCAUCUUGCAAAACUGCAUUGAUUUUACAUUUUUAGCUCUUGUGGAAAGUGUUAGCAUUUUUCUUUCUUCUGCAGUCUUUAUGUUUGAAUGAUAAUAAGCUUGGUGUUUGGGUUUUUAAAAAAUUUCUUACAUACAGUCAAUAAAUCUGUCUGUAAAAGAAUUUAUAUUUUACUGUAUUUUACUGAGUGUGCAUUAUCUGUUGACUGGCAUUAACAUUAUAUUUAUACGAAAUACUUAUAUGCACACAUAUGUACAUAUAUUUAUAGAUUACAAUCAUUUAAAUAAUCAUUUAAUUCUGUUGUAUUUUGUGUUUUGGUUUUUAUAUAUGCAGAUUAACUUUUCCUAUUAAACAUUAUUUUUUCUCAGUA